AAAAAUAUCUGCUGACUCUAUCUCUCACCAUUCUCUUUAUCUCCCCAUCUGAUUGGCUUUCUUGGAUCCUUUUCUUUUUCUACACAUAUGAGGAGAUAUAUAUAGAGAGAGAUAUGGAGCAGAACCCUACCGCCCACCGCUUCACCACCCGACGAUGGCGAUGAGUGAACUCCACUGCUUCACAGUCCUACCAACCAACGACGACACUGAGUGGAAUAGUCGGUUCUUUGGCGGCUAGGGUUCCGCUGGAAAGCGGACAAAGGAGAUGAUCGGAGGUUGUCGGCUCUGCUGCGUGCUCUUGUCCUGGUUCUUCAAUUUUGGGUCAGAUCUAAUUCACAUAGUAAAGGGAUUUUAGAUUUCAUCUGGCUUGAUGGUCCAAUUUCCCUAUUUUGUAAGGGUAAAAGAAAAGAUAAAAAACUCACAAGGUACUUGAUCAGCGAACCAUAGGAUGGAGGUAGUAGGAGGCGUCAAUCGAAUCGGACAAACCAGAUAAAAUAGAUGAACCAUGAGCAGCGGAACUGCACGUGGUUUAAUCACAAGCAGCAGACCAAACUUGAAGCAAAAAUCAGCUUCAGUUCUUCGUUUCCUUAGCAAACAUGUUAAUGCUUUCAAAGAAUUCCAUCAAGUACCACCCCGUGCCAAUUUCUCAUCCCCUCUUUUUAAUCUCUAUUGCUCAAUCUCAUCUUCAAGGGAUGUUUAGUAAAAACGCAAGGAAAGAUCCUUCUUGGAAGCAUGGGGAAGAAGUUCAAGUGCCGAAUCAGAAAAAGGGGUACAAAUAUGUAAAAUGCAAAUUCUGUAGUAAAGUGAUUACCGGAGGAGUUAAGAGAUUAAAGGAGCAUCUUGCUUGUACACACAGAGAUGUCGCAGCUUGUUCUCAAGUGCCCGCUGAAGUUAAAGAAGAAAUGACACAAUACUUGAAGGACUUCAAGAAUAUUAAAUUUGCUGCCCAACGCAAUUUUGAAGAGAAUGUGGGAAGCAGGGCGUAUUACACGGGUGGUAGCGCUAGUGUCAGUGAUCGGGGUGUUAGAGGACCAAUGGAUCGGCAUUUGGUGAAUGAAGAAGGAUCACAACCGACCGAAAAAAUGACACCGGUGAAUGCUAAAGAGCACCGAAACCAAGUGUCGAAGGAUAUUGGGAGAUUCUUUUACGAGAACGGAAUCCCAUUUAACGUAGCAAAUAGUCCUUCGUUUACUAGUAUGCUACGUUCGGUUGGGAACUAUGGACGAGGAUUGAAGCCCCCUACGAUGCAUGAGUUAAGGACUUGGAUCCUUAAAGAAGAAGUUAAGACAACCACCAAAAUGGUGAACGAGAUAAAAGCAACUUGGAAGACCACCGGGGUGUCAUUGUUAUCGGAUGGUUGGUCGGACAUGAGAAACCGUAGUCUAAUCAAUUUUUUGGUUAACAAUCAAUAUGGCACAGUUUUUUUGAAAACGGUGGAUGCAUCAGAUUGCGUUAAAGACGCUAACAAAAUUUUCGAGUUGCUUGAUGCGGUAGUCGAAGAAAUCGAGGAAGAUGUAGUCGUUCAAGUAGUGACCGACAAUGCGAGUGCGUAUAAAAAAGCCGGGGAGUUGUUGAUGAAGAAGAGUGCCACAACAUAAAAAUGCAUUGCUUAAAGCCAAAAAAAUUAGCAAUUUCAUUUAUAAUCAUCAAUGGGUAUUGAGUUUGGCACGAAAGACUCUUGGGAAAGAUCUUCUUCGACCUUGCUCUACAAGAUUCGCCACGGCUUUUUUGACCAUACAAAGUGUGUAUGAUUCGAAAGACGCCUUGCAACAAAUGUUUGUUUCAAACGAAACGAAUCGAAGGCUUGUGCUUGGGCUUCCAAAAGUGAUGGAAAAGAGGUAAAGAAAAUAGUAAUGGAUGAAAGAUUUUUUUGGCCUAGUGUGGUCUAUGCUAUUCAAACCACAGGCCCAUUAGUUGAAGUAUUGAGGAUUGUUGACGGGGAGCAAACACCCGCAAUGGGGUUUAUCUAUGGCGCCAUGGACACGUGGAAAGAAAAGAUUGCAAAGAACCUCAAAAAUCGAAUCUUCUUACAAAGAGAUAUGGGAAAUUAUCGAUGAAAAAUGGGAUCUCAAAAUGCAUCGUGAUUUGCGCUAUUAUCUAAAUCCACGAUUUCGAUGGAGUCCUGAUGUUUCCGAGCAUCCCGAGAUUAAGAGAGGAUUAUAUGAUGUCAUGGCUCGACUCGUUAGGAACACGGACACAUAUUUGAAGAUUGAAGAACAACUCAUUCAUUACAAGGAAAAGAAAGGAUUGUUCGGCUAUCGAGGUUCUUUAGCGACUUAUCAGACACGUCCACCAGUUACAUGGUGGGGAGAAUAUGGAGAUGAUACUCCCGAACUCUUUUGCAAUAAAGGUUUUGGGUCUUACAUGUUCAGCUUCAGCUUGUGAACGUAAUUGGAGUACGUUCAAUCAAGUUCAUACAAAGAGAAGAAACCGGUUGACCACCGAGAGGAUGAACGAUUUGGUUUAUACCAUGUACAAUAGGAAGCUGAAGAAUAAGUUUAUAAAGAAAUCUACUUUAAAAGAAGGAGAUGAUCCUUUAGUUGUUGAAAAUGUUAUGUCUGAUGAUGAGUGGAUAGCCGAUCCAAGUGGUGAUGAAAGUGAUAUUGGAGGUGACGAGCCAAAUGAGGAAGAAAGUGAUGAGCCCAUUAGAACAACUAGAGGUGGUGGGCCAACUAAAACACGUAGAGGUGGCGGGACAAUUGAGAAGGGCGAUGGAAGUUCAUCUAACAAAAGGAAAACCGUUCAAACAAUGUUGAUUGACGAGGAUGAUGACGAUGAUGAUGCGGAUUGGGUUGAGGAAGAUUGUGAAGAUGACGAAGAUGGGGAAUUUUUAGCUAUUUGAGUUUAAUUAGAAACUAUUUUUGUGUACUUUUGUGAUGUUUUAGACUAUUUGUGUCUUUUGUGAUGUGUUUAAAUUGUUGAAUCUGAUGUUUAGUAUCUUUUUUUGUAAUAUAUAUAUACAUAUAUAUAUUUUUAUAUUUA